AUGGUCAGUGACUUCUUUUUCCCCCAAUCGGGGGGAAUUGAAAGUCACAUCUACCAGUUGUCAUCUAAACUCAUCGACCGCGGACACAAAGUCAUAAUCAUCACGCAUGCGUACAAAGGUCGAACAGGAGUCCGCUACCUCACCAAUGGCUUGAAAAUCUAUCACGUUCCCUUCUUUGUGAUCUACCGCGAAACCACCUUCCCUACCGUCUUCUCAUUCUUUCCAAUAUUCCGCAAUAUCGUGAUUCGUGAGCAGAUUGAGAUUGUGCAUGGCCAUGCCAGUCUUAGUAGCUUUUGUGGAGAAGCUAUUCUCCAUGCGCGAACAAUGGGACUGCGGACCGUCUUUACCGACCACUCUCUUUUUGGAUUCGCCGAUGCCGCUUCCAUCCUGACCAACAAGCUCCUCAAAUUCACAUUGAGUGAUGUGGACCAUGCGAUCUGUGUCAGCCAUACUUGUAAGGAGAACACUGUUCUUCGAGCUUCACUGGACCCCUUGAUGGUAUCUGUUAUCCCCAAUGCUGUCGUGGCAGAGAACUUCCGUCCGCUCUCAUACAAUUCUCGUGGAUUGGAUCAGGUGCCAACAUCCCCUGCUGAACAACGACCGCCCCCUACAUCAAUUGGACCUGAUGAUACAAUUACGAUUGUCGUCAUUUCCCGACUUUUCUACAACAAGGGCACUGAUCUCCUGGUUGCCGCCAUCCCACGAAUCUUGGCUUUGAAUCCAAACACCCGCUUCAUUAUCGCUGGCUCCGGACCAAAGGCCAUUGACCUUGAACAAAUGCUGGAACGCAAUGUCCUUCAAGAUAAGGUCGAGAUGCUUGGCUCGGUACGGCACGAAGAGGUGCGAGAUGUCAUGGUACGCGGCCAUAUCUACCUGCAUCCUAGUUUGACAGAAGCCUUCGGUACUGUCAUCGUGGAAGCUGCUAGUUGCGGUUUGUACGUCGUUUGUACCCGAGUCGGUGGCAUUCCCGAAGUCUUGCCACAACAUAUGACCACAUUUGCGAAGCCAGAGGAAGAUGAUCUUGUCGUUGCGACCAACAAGGCAAUUGCCGCCUUACGCUCGAAUAAGGUCCGAACGGAUCGCUUCCACGACCAAGUGAAGAUGAUGUAUUCAUGGCGGGACGUGGCCGAGCGCACUGAAAGAGUCUACCAAGGCAUCACAGGUGAUAUCAGCCCCGAGGAAUUCUACGGCUACUAUCCUGGUCAAGGCUGGGAGGCUAGCGGGGAUCGCGUGCGCAGUUUCGCGCUCAUCGACCGCCUGAAACGGUACUACGGCUGUGGUGUCUGGGCUGGCAAGCUCUUCUGUCUCUGUGUUGUCAUUGACUUCUUGAUCUAUGUCUUCCUCGAGAUGUGGUUUCCACGAGCAAAUAUCGACAUUGCUCGAAGCUGGCCGAAAAAGCCGCCAGCAGGGAAGACCCGGGCGUCCACCGCUGCUCGCAAUAGCCGAUGA